CUCAGGGAUUCACACCAGCAACCUUUCGGUUACUGUCCCAAUACUCUUAACCACUAGGCUACCUGCCACCCCUAAUUAAUUAUGUAUUUGCUAACUAAAGUUUAAUGGUCAAUUCCACCUUAACACAUUGCAGUUGUAAGCCUGUCCAGUUAGGACUCAGAAGGAAGGCAGGUCUAAAGGAGGUAGAGAAUGAAACUGGGGACUUACCUCCUUGGCUGAACCUGCUCUUGGAUGAGAACACCACAUAUGAGAAGGAUCCUCAGAAACCAAAGAACAGACAUGAUAUGCUGGAACGUGUCAGAACAAAGUUAAUCGAAAUCCAGAGAUCUAUGAACAAUCAGAUGGAGACAGACAUGUUUGAGAAGAAAAUACACAGAGAGGAGAGAAUGAAGACUCCCCUGGAUGCAUUGAUGGCCUCAAGGAAGGAGACAAGUCUACCUAUGCUGCUCUCCUCACUAAAACAUGAGCUCAGGGAACCAAAAUCUGCACUUUUAUUUUGGUACAAAAUCCUGAAGAGCGAUGUCUCAGAACUGUCCGAUGACAGGGACUUUGAGUACAGGACCAUCCUGCAGAAGAUCGGCCAAUUCCACAACUUCUCUCACAAGAAGUUGCCCUACUCAAAGGAGAAAUUUUGUCUCCUUGUUCUCUCUCUGCCAUCGAAUCAGCUUCUCCAACCAGCCAUGCAAGAUGCUCUGAUGUUCCUCACUGAGAACGUCUUCCAGCUCCUACCCCGACAACUCAAGCACUGGUAUCAGUAUCUCAAACUGCCCUUUUAUGACACCUCGUGACUCUUAAACUCAAGUCAUCCUCAGAGGGCUGCCAGCCAAUUGUUGUUAUUUUAGUUUAAAUUAUAUUAAAUGUAAUUUGUUUCGGAAAUAUGGA